CUGUAAGAAAUCAUGUAUAAUAUUAAUUCAGUGUAGUUAAAAAAGAAACAAAAACAGAUUUAUUCAUUAUCCUGAGUACGUAUCGUUUAUAUACAACGUACCAAAGUUUUUCUAUAAAAUUGUUGUCUAACAAAUUGCUUAGGGAGCCACAUUUUGAAAAUGCAAGCAAUAUAAACACGUGCAUCAAAUGCUACCGAUCAGAAAAAUAAUAAAUCCUGCUGCUAUUUGAAGGAUAAUUUAGUAUCGUGGAUUAUACGAUACUACAAUCAUUUCCACGAUUAAGUAAAAAGCAUUGCUGUUUAUUAAAUCAUAAUCAUGGUUGCACGUACAUUACUAAAAGACUGGACGACACUACGUUACUUUUUUCAUAAACAUAAACAAAUUAAGAACAUCAAAUAUGUUGGCAUCGGUGUUUUCACAAGUGUUAUGGUUUAUAGUACAUCAGGAUUUAAAGUAUGGGCAGCUGAAAAUGAAUUCAUCAAAAGGUUUAUGGCACAACCCAUUACUGACAUUAAAGAAUUGGAGAGGGAGGACAGCAUGAGGAAGAAGAUGGAAUUGUUAGUAAUGAAAACUCAGGCAGACUUUUGCAAAGCCUUAGAAUCGUUAGAAGAUCCAGAUCAUCGUUUUAAAGUAGAUAGAUGGACCAGAAAAGAAGGCGGUGGAGGAAUUACUUGUGUUCUCCAGGACGGAGUUGUGUUUGAGAAGGCUGGUGUGAACGUGUCUGUUGUCACUGGCAUGUUACCACCAGGUGCGGUUCAACAGAUGAGGGCAAGAGGCAAGAGCAUCCAGGAGGGAUCAUUGCCGUUCUUUGCAGCUGGUGUAAGCGCUGUGAUUCAUCCACGUAAUCCUAUGGUACCAACGAUACAUUUCAAUUAUCGUUACUUUGAAAUAGAGAAUCAGGACGGUACCACUCAGUGGUGGUUCGGCGGUGGUACCGAUCUGACGCCUUACUAUUUGAACGAGGACGACGUAAAACAUUUUCAUGGUGCUUUGAAAGCUGCUUGCGACGAGCACGACCCAUCUUAUUAUCCAAAGUACAAAAAAUGGUGCGAUGAUUAUUUCUUUAUUACGCACAGAGGAGAACGUAGGGGAGUAGGCGGCAUCUUCUUCGACGAUCUCGACACCCCCAGCCAAGAAGAAACGUUUCGAUUCGUAAAAUCUUGUGCAGAGGCUGUUAUUCCCUCGUACAUUCCACUAGUCAAGAAGCACAAGGACGAUGGGUAUGGAUAUGCCGAAAGACAAUGGCAACUCUUACGCAGAGGAAGAUAUGUUGAAUUCAACUUAAUAUAUGAUCGUGGGACGAAGUUUGGUUUAUAUACUCCUGGCGCUCGAUACGAGAGUAUAUUAAUGUCUUUGCCAUUGUCCGCAAAUUGGAAAUACAUGCAUGAACCAGAACCGAAUUCGAAAGAAUCGAAACUUGUCGAAGUAUUAAAAAAUCCUAAAGACUGGUUGGAUAAGUAAAAAAUUAAAUGAAAGCAAUUUGUUGAAAUUACUUGGCUUGGUGCAAUGAUAAUCUAUUUUUCCAUUUAUAAAAGGGAUGGGUACAAAGAAAGAUGAAGAGAAUAUAUAGAGUAAAGUCGUACUUUCAAACAUUUAAAUAUAUUUUUCAAGUACAAGAAAGAAGUUACAUAUAUAAACUUUAAGAAAUUAAAUAGUGUAUAAACUAUGUACAAAUUUUACCCGUUAUUAAUACGUUUUAUAUACAAGUAAUAUCCUUGUAGAUUACAACUGUAUGCAACACAGGUGUUCGCAUACGUACGUUUUAUCUUUUAAUAUGAUAGUUUAAAUAUCAUAUAACUUAAAUAUAACAAUUUUUUGAUCUUUAUAAAUACUGUUCAACGAAUAUCAGAGUUACUUCCGAUGUAUAAACCGAUGUUAUAUCAUAAAUCUGAUAUAAUCGUAUUUUAUUUAAUGCAAAUUCAGUCUUAGAAAAAUUGUUAAACUUAAAAUACAAAUUACGAGUAUUAUAAAAAGUAAACUGUACAAAAAGCUGUUAAUACAAAUUAAAUACGUGAACAUAAAGUACAGUUUGUUUAUAGAAAGUAAAUUUUAUGUGAUGUUGGUGAAACAUGUAAUGAAAUGAUCAUUUCCAUUUACGGAAUUAUAUACAAAGCGAAAAGAAUGAGUUUCGAGAAAUUUAGAGCCUGACUUAUAUUAUGUAUAUCCUUUUCUUUCAAUAAAUACGAUAAGCAGUUUAGUAAA